CAAUGCCCUCUCGACGGCUGCUAUCUCGCUCCGCCUUCCGCGACCACCAAACCUGACUCUGAUCUGAAAGGAACAUUUUUUUUUUUUUUUUUGUUCCUUCUAUUUCUUCUAUUCUACACAUCUUCAGCUCUCCAACCCCAUUUUGCAGCAUCUUCAGUAAUCGAUCGAUCGAUCUUAGUCAAAGUUGUGGUGGAUUCUUGAGCAGUGUGUCCUUAUGGCUUCCUUUAGAGCAUUUUUGAACAGCCCUGUUGGCCCUAAAACAACUCAUUUCUGGGGUCCUGUUGCUAACUGGGGAUUUGUUGUAGCGGGAUUAGUGGACACACAGAAGCCACCAGAAAUGAUAUCUGGAAACAUGACAUCAGCAAUGUGUGUAUAUUCUGCACUGUUCAUGAGGUUUGCAUGGAUGGUCCAGCCUCGCAACUAUCUGCUUUUGGCAUGCCAUGCCUCAAACGAGUGUGUGCAGCUCUAUCAACUAUCUCGUUGGGCAAAGGGUCAGGGGUACUUGCAGCAGAAGCAGGAGGACAAAGCCCAGUGAUGAGUGAUUCAUGCUGUAUUUCUAUUCUACAUUUAGCACACCCUUUAUUCCCAUUAACUUUUGGUGGUUUUCUCAUUUCUAUAUGCUUUUCAUAAAUUCGAACACAACUUGAAGGUCACUAUAUAAAAUUCAAGACUAUAUCUGGUGUACCACAACAUUUUGCUCUAACACAGCUCAUGAUUGUUUGAGGUUUAAA